AUGUCUCACAAAUCCCAAGACUUAUCACUAUUGGACGCCAGUAUCUCCGAGCUCCAAUCUGCGCUCUCAUCAGGGCUACUCUCUAGCGUGGGCUUGGCAUCAAGAUACCUACGACGAAUCAGCGUUUACGACGCCGACAAUCUAAAACUCGCCGCUAUCCCAAUCCUAAACCCAUCCGCCCUCGAUGAAGCAGCCGCCUCUGAUGCCCGGCGUGCAGCAGGUCUGCCCCCGCGUCCAUUGGAGGGUAUCCCUUAUCUCGCAAAAGACAGUAUUAAAGUCAAGGGCAUGACCGUUGCGAGCGGAUCACCUGCAUUUGAAACCCUCAUCGCCAACGAGGAUGCUGCCUGUAUCAAACUUCUCCGCGAAGCCGGCGCCGUGCUUCUUGGUCGGACGAAUAUGCCCGCCAUGGCGUACGGUGGUAUGCAACGUGGGUGUUAUGGACGUGCGGAGAGUCCAUAUAAUCCUGCAUACCUGGCUGCGGCGUAUGCUUCCGGUUCAUCAAAUGGAUCGGCCGUUGCCACGGCGGCCAACUUUUGUGCUUUCUCUCUAGGCAGUGAGACUGUUUCAUCGGGUCGCUCGCCGGCAUCAAAUAAUGCCGUUGUUGCAUAUACGCCUUCGAAGGGCCUUCUUCCUCUCCGUGGUGUCUGGCCACUAUACUUGACCUGUGAUGUUCUUGUGCCUCAUACCAGGACUGUGGCAGAUAUGUUUCACGUCCUAGAUGUUCUGGCCGUGUCCGACAAAGCCCCGAUAGGGGAUUUCUACCAGGAACAAAAACUCAUCUCCCUCCCUUCCAUCAAUACAAUCCGACCGCAAUCCUUUUCAGAAUUACAAGAUAGCACAUCCUUGCGCGGGAAGCGCAUUGGGGUUCCGUCAAUGUACAUCGGAGGUGAUGACUCUUCUCUGUCCCCAGCCAGCAAAGUCAACACUCGACCCUCCAUAAUCAAAUUAUGGCAGAACGCCAGAAACGUCCUCGAGUCCUGUGGUGCGGAGAUAAUCGAAACGGACUUCCCACUCGUGACAACCUAUGAAUCGAACGCACACAAGGGCCAGCUCGUCACUGUCGCAGGACUACCAGAAGGCUGGUCCGCACUGGAGCGGAGCGAGCUCGUCGCGCAUAUAUGGGAUGACUUCCUGAUCAACAACGGCCAAAAGGGUCUGGAGACUCUUUCUCAGGUCGAUCCGACGACUAUAUUCCCGCUUGCGCCGGGAUCUUUGAAGGGCGCGCCCGAUGCGGCUAAUGCGCUGCGAUGGGAUGAGAUUGUUAAAUACCCACACCGGAAGCCAGCGUCUAUUUACGACGUCCCCGGUAUUCAGCAGGGAAUCCAGGCUCUUGAGAAUGCACGCAAGGAAACCCUUGAGGACUGGAUGGAUGGACUUGGGCUUGAUGCUGUGGUUUUCCCGGCGAAUGGUGAUAUCGGGGCUGCUGAUGCGGACUGUGAUGAGACGGCUUCGCUGUUUGCGUGGAGUAAUGGCGUCAAGUACUCCAAUGGAAACAGACCUAUCCGCCAUCUUGGCGUCCCUACUAUCUCCGUUCCUAUGGGUAUCAUGGAAGAUACGGGGAUGCCAAUUAAUCUUACGUUCGCUGGAAAAGCAUAUGAUGAUAACAAUCUGCUUAAGUAUGGCUUUGCUUUUGAGACGGCGAUGAAGGGCCGUGUUCGGCCACCGCUCGUGCCUGCUCUUGACUCUGAUUGUAUCAAGGGUGGUCAAGACCCUCAGCCAUGGGCCUCUCAAUCGACUGUUGAGUUGGUGGUGGAGACUCAAGUGAAAGAGAUUCACGAUUCCACGGUUGUGGUCCAGAUCCAAGGAUCGGUGGUACCCAAGGACUCACAGCUGAUGACUAUGGAAUGCCAUGUCAACGGUCAACCAUUCAAGCCGGUCAUAGAAGGUGAUAGAUGGUUUGCCAGAGCUUCCUAUCCGGCAUCGGAACGUGACCAGUCAUGGAAGAGGUGGUCGAGUCCUGCUCUAACGCAGACUAUCGUAGUUAUUACAGCUCAUAUGGAGGCCGGCUCGACAACGGGAAAGCUGAUCUUAUUAUGA